GAAGUCAGUUAUAUACGUAAAUGUAGGUACUUAGAAAAAAAUUACCCAUUAUAUUUGUAGGUAAAUAGAGUAGAAAAUUAAAAAAAAAACACCUGUAACCAAAUAUUUCUAUGUAAUUUGCGAUACCCUACUUAUAGCGAAUUAUCGGUGCAAAAAAUUGAUCUAUCUAGCUAGAUAGCUGUGAUUGUGACUGUCUUUCAAGUAAAUACAAAUAAAUGUAUACCUGUAAUAAAAUGGGUAUACGGCUUUUUUUGCAUAAUUUAUUCACAUAUUCCGAAAUAAAUUUAAAGCAAAAAUAGAAACGAAUCCUUAUCUAGAAGCUCUAAAGGCAAGGCCAUGGGAGAGCGUGCAGGAUUACGUUAUGGUCAGGCCAGGGGCAUAUAUGUUUUAUUGGCUUUACUACGCCGACGGCACCAGCGUGGGCGCGGAUGACAAGCCUCUCAUUAUAUGGAUACAAGGAGGGCCCGGCCUAGCUGCGAGCAUCGUUGCAAAUUUUGGGGAAAUUGGACCGCUCGAUAUGGACUUCCAACCACGAAAUCACACUUGGGUGAAGGGAAGGAAUUUGUUGUUAAUAGACCAUCCCGUUGGGACUGGUUUUAGCUAUGUCAAAAAUAACUCACUGCUUGUAAAAAAUGAUAAGGAAAUUGCUGUUGACCUCACCAAGGCUGUAAAAGCGUUUUUUAGAAGGCAUAAAGAAUUUCGCAAUACGCCCACAUAUAUUUUCGGACAAAGUUAUGGAGGGAAAAUGUGUCCACGGGUAGCAUUUUAUCUACAUACGGCCAUACAGAGAAAGCGUUUGAAAAUGAAUUUUAAAGGAAUUGGUAUCGGUAGCGCUUGGGUGGAUCCGAAAGAAAGCACAAUGAUGUUUCCAGAAUUCAUGUACAUGAUGGGCAUUAUAGACCAGAUCACAUAUCUGAAAAGUAUGGAAGUAACGAAAAAAUUCAACAACGCCAUGAACAAAAAGGAAUAUGUUCAGGCGGACAAGUGGUAUAAUCUGCUUUUCACAACCAUAGUGACGGAAAUAGGAGGUUAUGAGGCGAAUUUCUACAACAUUAACCGAGAGAAAACAGAGGCUGCCUUAGAGAGAUUCGAUGUUCAAGUAAACAGAUAUGUAAAGCCAGUGUUGCCAGUAAAUCAAAGCAUAGAAUACUCAUAUACAUCGGCACUUGUUUUUGACAAUUUGAACAUAAGUUUUCUAUUCCCAACGACUAAGUUCUUAGAGUUUCUUCUAAAUACGACGGAUUUGAAAAUUGCUGUUUAUAACGGAAAUUUGGAUGUCAUCACAUCGUUAGCUGGAGCAUCAAAUUGGAUUCACAAAUUAAAAUGGUACGGAGCAGAAGAGUUCAGGCACGCAAAAAGGCUCCCUAUAAAUGGGGAGAAAAAUUGUUACUACAAAACGGCAAAUCAAUUAAGUUUCUGGUCUGUUUUCCGAGCAGGACAUUGGAUUCCAGAAGACAACCCCGAGGCGAUGGCGCAUAUAUUAGACACAAUGUUAGAUUAAUAAUAAUUUUAAAUAAAUAUUAUUUAAAUAUGAA